AUGCGGCUCGGAUACCUUGCCAUCUUCAUUGGAUUCAUUGAAGGGAGAAAGUACUCAACCGCUACACGAGCUAGUCUUGCAAGGCUAGUGAUGGAUAUAGAAAGAUUUGAGAAUUAUCCUUGGGGGAGAGUGGCGUUUAAGGUGUGGGCGUACUUUGCUCUGCCAGAAUUUGGUGCUAAUUUUGGGCAUCCCCUACCAAACAGACCGUCUCCGAUGUUGCUGGCUUACAAUGGUGGUAAAGGACGCAGAUUUUUUAAAGAGGCCAUUAGCAGACAAACUAGAGUGAUCAACUUCGUCCACAAGGACUAUGCUGAGAUGUUUCCACGAUGGGAUUUUGAUGUAGAGGACCCGUCCGCGGAGAACAUAAUUAUAGUCAUGUUUAAUGCGAAAGCUAAUUGGAAGUGGACCAUGGAUUGCUGGGAAGUCACCGGUACUAACCCGAGAGUGAAGAAGGAAGUGAGUGCAGCGGAGACAGAGAGUGGUGUGAAGGAAGAAAGUGCAACAUCUCGGAAGAAAGCUCAUAAAGAGGUUCGUAGAAAGGCUUCUGUUGAGGCUACUAAAAUGCCUUCUGCUGAGGUGCGUGCAGAGGCUUCUACGUCUGUUGGUGGGAUGACCAAGGAUCAGAUUGAAAAAAGCUUUAGGGACAUAGCUGAUGUCAUGAGGGAUGGGUUUGGGAUGUGCCUGAAGGAGAUCAAGUUGCUGGGGGAUAGGAUGGAAGCUAUGGAGAAGAAGGUGGGAAUCACCAAAAAAGGGACUGCAUCUAAUGAACAUCAAAUCACAACUUCAAAUCUGGAAAAGCGUGGGCACGAACCCGGAGUUAGUACCAAAACCUCUCCCAAAAUCACAGAGAAGAGAUUGACCAGGGAAAGUAGUGAAAGUGUGAAUGAGGCGAAAGCAGGACAGAAUGACCCCCAAGAACCGAGAGUACCCACUGAUUCAGAUUUACAGAAGGAGGAAACUAGAAGGCAGAGAAAGAAGGAUGCUGCUAUGGUACAUGUCCGUGGAAAGAGUGAGCGAGCAAGGAAACUUGCUGCCUCACAGCAAACUCCUUUUAAGGGAAACAACACUGCCAAAGUGAUCAUUCCAAACAAAAGGGUUGGCCAAGGCUAUGAUCCUUUUGCACCCUUUGACAAGAAGAUGUCGAAGCUGCUCACUGACUGGGUGAAACUUGAUCCGUAA